AUGCUGGCUCCRUUCGACUACUUCGAGCAUCGCGCGGCGUGUCAGACGAAACAGUCGGAGCGCGCAGAUCGCAUAGCUACUCUGCCCAAGCUAUACCAAACGCCCAUCUCCCUUGCCGAGCGGGAGAUUCUCAGCGAGCCGAUCGACGAGCUCGUCCAUGAUGUCCAACGUGAUCCAGAGACCGCCGUCAAUGUGCUUAGAGCAUACACCAAGGCGGCCGUAAAGGCUCAAGAGAAGACGAAUUGUGUAACGGAGGUGAWGGUCAAGGAGGCGGAAGAGUGGCUCCGUAACGGAGAGAUCAAUCUCAAAGGACCAUUGGCCGGCAUUCCUGUAAGCUUAAAGGACAGCAUCCACGUGGGAGGGUUUGACAGCACGGUGGGCUAUUCAUGCAAUGCCAACAAGCCUACACCUCUUGAUGGAGGCAUUGUACGUAUGUUGAAAGAUGCCGGAGCCGUUCCUUUCGUCAAGACGGCUUUGCCAGUGACGUUGCUCAGCUUCGAGAGCUUCAACGAUGUUUGGGGCCGAUGUUUGAACCCCCACAACCACAAAUACUCUCCAGGAGGCAGCACUGGCGGUGAGGGUGCCAUCCUUGCCUUUGGCGGUAGCAGGAUCGGUAUUGGAUCGGAUGUUGCUGGUUCUGUUCGUGCUCCAGCACAUUUCUCUGGCUGCUACUCGAUCCGAUGCUCCACAGGCCGCUGGCCUAAACUUGGGGUUAGCACUUCGAUGCCUGGUCAGGAAGGCAUCCCUUCUGUCUUCUCCCCCAUGGCACGCACAUUGCUCGACUUGACUUACUUCACGCGAUCCUUCAUUCAAAUGAAACCCUGGAACUACGACCAGUCGGUACACCCUCUGGCCUGGCGAGAUUCUGUUGAAUCAUCCUACCUUGAUCGCAAGAAGCUCAAGAUAGGCAUCAUGCGUACUGACAAUGUUGUUGAUCCUGCCCCAGCCUGUGUGCGCGCUCUGCAAAUGGCCGCCGACGCUCUUGAAGCGCAAGGUCACGAAGUCUUCGACAUCAGUCCACCCGAUCCUUACGAAGCCAUGGUCAUCGCAUCCAACUUACUCAAUGCUGACGGUACCAAGACGUUUCGCUCCUACUUCCGCACCGGUGAGUCUGAUGACCCAGGCGCGAGAGAAUUCGGUCGUUACAUGCGCCUCCCACGUUUCAUUAAAUGGUUCUACUACGCAUAUGUCAAGUACAUCAAGCGCGAUUCGAUCUGGGCCGGGCUCCUGGAGCACUGGCACGAAAAGUCCGCAUAUGAGAACUGGCAGUGGGUCGCGAAACGUGAAGCUUACAAGGCGAAAUUCCACGCCUGGUGGAACACCUUCGGCGAGUUUGGAGAUGGAAUGGAUGUCAUGCUCACACCUCCCAACGCCACACCUGCUGUACCGCAUAAUGGCAUGAAGGAGGCGAGCUCGAGCUGUGGCUACACGUUCAUGUUCAACCUGCUGGACUACUCUUGCGGGAUCUUGCCAGUGACACAUGUGGACGCCGCAAAGGAUGCGCUUCCCGCCAGCGUCAGUGUCAAGAAGAUGAAUGGUGUAGCGCAGGGUGCGUACAAGCAUUACGACGCCGAGAAGAUGGCCGGCCUGCCUGUUGCCGUGCAGGUCGUUGGUAGAAGAUUAGAGGAGGAAAAGGUGCUGGCCGUCAUGAAGAGGCUAGAGGACGCUCUGGAGAGCAGAGGGGAGAAGUACGAACUGUUCGAUGGAACAUUGUGA